AAGACGCGUCCAGCAUAAGCAGUGCGUAUAUAUAACGCGGUAAGAUCUGUCCCAGGUCCGUUUCCAAAAUCUCAACAGAGAAGAAAAAUGGCGAGUGGCGGUGCUGCUGCAGGUGGUGGUGGAAAGGUGUCGUUCAAAGUGACGCUCACCUCCGAUCCAAAGCUCCCUUUCAAAGUAUUUAGCGUACCGGAAGCAGCCCCUUUCACGGCCGUUCUCAAAUUCGCUGCCGAGGAAUUCAAAGUUCCUCCCCAAACCAGCGCUAUCAUUACCAACGAUGGGGUAGGAAUCAAUCCUCAGCAAAGUGCAGGUGCCUCGUGUCCCAUCUCCAUUGUCCCGUUGCCAUUUUCAGCACUAUAAUUUGGAAGAGAAGUAUGCUAUUGCCAGUAACUGCUGGCAUUAUCAGCAAGGCGCUAAUCAUUUAGCAUUAACCUUGUCCAUCUUCACCAGAUAACACAGUAGCUUCUAUUAUCAUGCCCCAUAACAAGUGAUAAGAUUUCUGUUUAGGAUAUUAUCACUGUAGCAUAAGUGCGUUAACAAUGCAUGAAUUCUACUGCCUCCCUUUUCAUUUGCUAGCUCCAGGCGAUAGGAAGUAUCUGUUGAUGAUGAUAUAAUUUUAGCAGUGAUUUGGGCACUACACUGCAUUGUUUUUAAGUAUUUUAAUGUUCGUUUCACAUGA